UAUUGCAAUGAAAAUCUCUAUUUUCCAGGAAUCGGUGGAGAAGGAUAUGAAUAUUUCAAAAUCGGGAGAUUUUUACCAAGAUUUGAGCUAUAUACAGUCUAUUUUAAGUGACACGAAACCAUCAUAUAUUUUAUGCAAAGAAUCGAGUAGUUUUCCAGCAAAAACAGUUAUUAUCCAUUAUGUUCCUGAAGAAGCAGAGAUUCGAGAUAAAAUGAUAUAUGCUUCUACAUAUCAUACUUUAAUCCAAUCAUUGGGAUCAAAUAAGAUUUCUAAAAGCAUUUUUAUUAGUAAUAAGAAGGAAUUAGAUAUAUCUUUGUUUAGAGAGAAUUUGGAGGGAAUAAAGAGGGAAGAUUCCUUAUCAAUAGAAGAAAAAAAUCUUCAAAGUGUAAAAAAUUCUCAAGAAUAUGCAAUAGGUUGUUCUUCUCGUCAAAAAUACAUAAAUGAUACUUUUUUUUUGAAUGUUAGUGAAGAAGCAAAAACAGCUAUUGAAAAGCUUUCAAAAAACACAGAAGAGUUUAAUUUUAUACAAUUGAUCAAUGAUCCUCAAACUGAAAUAUUAAAUCUCGAGAUGACCAUGACGGUAAAACCCAAUGAUAUCCAACAUAUCUUACCAUCAACAUCACCACGUUAUUCUAUUUAUUCAUGGAGUCAUACUUAUAAUGACACUCCAGCCAUUUCUAGAAUAUUUAUUUAUACUUGUCCUAAAGCAUCUACCAUUAAAGAACGUAUGCUUUACAGUUCUUCAUGUUUAAUGGCGUUAUCAACAAUUAAGCAAUGGAUUCCAAUUGACAAAAAAAUUGAAGCACAUGAUCUUUCUGAUAUUGACGAAAUGAUGUUAUAUUCAGUCAUUUAUCCAUUGAUAAAGAAAAAACAAGAAUGUUUUUUGAGACCUAAACGUCCUGGAAAAUGAAUUGCAAUACUAGAAAUUUAUACAUUUAACUGAAUCAAUAAUAG